GAGCACCUUCUCUCUUUCUUUGCUUCUCUCUCCCUUCGUUCUUGUUUCUGGAUAACUUCCGUAUCGGUAGCCAGCACCCUGAUAUAAGUAAUGUUCUCCGGCUCCCCAUCCAUCAUCUUUCAGAUCUUCAGUUUUCCGAUUUUCCAGAGCAGCCAACCCUUAGAAAUAGAACCAGAAGAACCGACAACAGAGAAACAAUGUCUCGCGUGCUAGAGAUCACUGUCUUAUCAGCAGAGGACCUGCGCAUUGAUAGAAAAUCAGUGAAGAAGAAUGCGUACGUGACCGUGAAAGUGGAUCCGUUCAACUAUCGUACAACGAGGAUGGAAGAACAAGGAGGGAGCUAUCCGUCGUGGAACGAGAAGCUGGAGAUGGACAUGUCUGUCAACGGCAACACGCAGUUCAUAGCAUUAGAGGUUAAUUGUAGGACGUCGUCGGGGGAGAGGAGAAUAGGAUCAGCGAGAAUGCCGGUGACGGAUUUCAUGGGAGGAUACGCCCCAGAAGGUCACUUGCAUUUGUUGAGUUACAGGUUGAGGGACGAGAGAAUGCAGAGGAAUGGAAUAAUCAAUGUGUCGGUGAGAGUGAGGGUGAGGGGUCAAAGGACGUCGUUUAGGGAUGUGAAAUCGGCGGAGAGAAAAACGUUGCCGGAUUACGCGUGCUCCUCGCAGGCUGUCGGGUAUGGUGUGCCGGCUAUGGAGAGGAGUUAUGGUGGAGCGGUUACGGGAAUCCCUGUUUGGUGUGCGUAUCAAUCCAAAUUUUGAUCUUCAAUUAUUUUAUUUAUUAAUUUUUUGUAUUGAUUACUCAACAGAAAGAAAAUUGAUUGUGUACAGAAGAGUAUAUAAUCACCCAAUUAUUAGCUGAAAAUCGUGAAAUUGGUUUGGUUGAUAAUAAGAUUUAUUUAAUCC